GUGUGUGUGUGUGUGUGUGUGUGUGUGUGUGUGUGUGUAGAUCAUGUGACCCUGCUCAGUAAGAGGCUUGUCGAUUGGCUGCGCUACGCCAGUGUUCAGCAGGGAGGUGUGGCUUCCUCAGGAGGGUUUUUCACUGGCCCUCGAAUACGUCAGCCGGGGCCAGUGGUGGAGCUGGACGGCUGUGUGUGUGGUGAUUUCUUCACAGUGCUGUGUGUCAGCCAAGCCUUCUCAGACGACCAAUGGAUGAACCUCUACAGUUUCUCUCUGCUACGCCAUUGGCUGAUCACAUACCACAAUGUAACGGAUGGCAACAACAGCACAGACGCAGAUGACAGGUCGGAGGUGGACGGCUCAUUGGUUUCCAUGGUAUCAGCCACGUCGUCCUCCAGCAGACUCCUUCCGCCUAAAGAACGUCUGAGAGAGAAGAGUUUCCAGUACUGCCAACGCCUCAUAGAACAGAGUGACCGCAAGGCGCUGAAGAGAACAGACACAGAGCUACAGAAAGCAUGCUUGGUGGAGGCCGUGCGUAUCCUGGACGGUGUGUGUGUGGAGGACGCAGGGUGUGUGUAUCGUGCGUUCCCGUGUGUUAAGUCACUGUUCGGCCGUCUGAACUCUGACCUGUCCUGCAGCAGAGUCCUCCUGCCCAUCGCUCAGUUCUACCUGAACCACGGGGAGACUGCAGCGGUGGACAGUGAGUGUGUGUGGAGGUGUGUGUUUGGUGUUCUCCCAGCAGAGUGUUUCAACGACCCCUAUCUGGCCCACGAGACGCUGUCCUUCAUCAGAGCCAAUCAGCUGCAGCUCCACUCCUCUGUACCACUGUACACCCACUACUUCCCUAACCUGCUCAAGUUCCUAGCGUGGGACAGUCCAGGCCUGGUAUCUGACUAUGUGGAUGUGCUGCCCUCUCUGGUCACAGCUGGGACUGCAGUUGAGCUGCUGCACUCUCUACUGGACUUGCCCUGUCUCACUGCUGCUCUCACCCUGCAGCUCAGGUCUGCAUGCUUCCCUGUGUCUGAGCCAGGGGGGCGUGGUCUGUCAUCGCUGGAAGCUUUCCGAAGCCCCGCCCAUAGAGGCCUCUUCCUGUUCCUGUUGAGAGGGGAGGCAGGGUCUGGUGAUACCAUGGACAGACUGAGUGUGCUCCAUGACCUGCUGAUGGAGGCAGCUGAUUGGUCCAGAGUCAUCCAAUCAGCUCAAAGUGUUCCAGUGCUGCUGCAUGUCUACUUCAACACAGUUACCACGGUAUCAGAUGAGAGGUUGCUGGCCCAGCUGGUGUUGGUGCUGUUGGAGAGAAGCAGUCUGUUGCUCAACAUCCCCAAAUACACUGCAGAGAUACACCGAGUUUUUAGCCACCACUUGUUGAAGCUGUGUAAGCUCCACCCCUCUCUGGUUGUGGACCAAUCACGGGAGCUGCUGGAGUUUGCUGGAACCACCACUAACAUCCACAGCAAAGAAGACCUGUACACACAUGUGGUGUGGGUGCUAGGUGAGUACCUGUCGGUGUCAUUUGACUCUCGGUGUUCCGUGGAUCUGGUUACUUCCUGUUUCGAGGCAUUGGAGGCAGUCCUCUUCGAGAUCACUUCCUCUGGAAGCCCCUCCCCCAGGGUGGUUACCUCCUUACUGAGCGCGCUCGCUAAACUGGCUUCCCGUUCCCACGACCUCAUACCCAGGGUUUCUCUGUUCCUCUCUAAGCUUCGUAGCGGAGCAGUCUCCUGGUGUGGCAGUGAGGAGGAUGUUGUCGCCGUAGUGACCAGAGGGGAGGAGUUAUGGUCGCUGCUGAAACUUCCGAGCGUGGCGCUGAGUGUUCUAACCCCGCCUUCCCUCGCCACCUCCCCCCGCUGGCACCGAGACGCCAACGCAACGCUGCCACCUCGACUCAGAACACUGACUGGCCUCACACACACACACGCUAAAAUAUAAUCACACACAGACCUUAAAUCAUUUAUGUUCAGUAAAUGUACUGUAUGUUUUCAAUAUCUUGUUAUUAUACAGUGAGGGCCAAAAGUAUUGGGACAUUUUUGUUGUUGUUGUGCACAACAUAAUCUGAAACACAACAAACAGGAAAUACAUCCAACACGUUUGUAGAGUUACAAGCUUGAUGUAGUUAUUGAGUGUUAGGAAUAUGGGACCAAAUACUAAAUGUUUGACUGAUGUUUUUCCCAAUGCUUUUGGUCCCCUAAAAUGGGGGGGGGGGUCUAUGUACAAACAAAUGCUGUAAUUUCUAAAUGUUUCACCUGAUAUGGACGGGAAUAGCCUCAAAUUAAAGCUGACAGUCUGCACUUUAA